GGUGAAUCUCAUUACGCGAAUACAGUAUUGCUUGUAAAUGUGUUAAUUUUUUAGUAAUUAGGGUAUAAUGUGUCAUUAUAUGCUGCCGGGAGACAUCGUACGUUUAAAUGUUGGAGGAACUAGGUUAUCUACAUCACGUCAAACAUUGACAUGGGUCCCUGAUUCAUUUUUUACUAGCAUGCUGAGUGGAAGAAUAUCCACACUGAAAGAUGAAACUGGUGCUAUUUUCAUCGAUCGGGAUCCCAAUUUAUUCAGCAUAAUUUUAAAUUAUAUGAGAACAAAAGAUAUUGAUCUCAGGGGUAUUGACAUUAGCACACUGAGACAUGAAGCUGAAUUUUAUGGAAUAUCACCUUUAGUUAAGCGCCUUAUUCUUUGUGAAGACUUGAACCAUUCCUCUUGUGGAGACGUCCUUUUUCAUGGAUAUUUGCCUCCAGCUGUUGGCCCACCUAAUGAUCAACUAACAAAAACAAUUGAUAAGAAAGAACCUAAUGUUUCAAGAACUGAAAAUAUUUGUUCUUCGGGAAAUCAUGUUGCAAGCAAUAAUGCAUGUAGUGAUGCUCGGCCUGGCUUAGUGUUUAGAGUAUUAUCUGAUCAUUCACAUCAAAGAACAGCUUCGGUUUCUAUUCCUCGUAAUACAGAAAUUUGGUCUCCUUCAUCUUUGUCUCGUAGUUCAUCUGAUAUUAGAAACAUCGGAAGAGGGCAUUCAAGAACAUCAUCUUUAGAUAUGCGUCAUUCAAGGAACUCUUCUGCUGAUUUGAGCAAGAAUUUUAAAAUAGAUUUUGGUUCUUUUUUUAGCACUCAUGGUUCAUAUAGUUGGACUGACCCGCUUCGUGUUCGCAUUGUGAAAGGACACCAUAAUUGGAUAGCUGUAGCUUAUGCUCAUUUUGUUUGCUGUUAUAGGUUACGAGACUCUGCUGGCUGGCAAUCGGCUUUUAUGAGUCCAUAUAUUGAAACUGUUGUAGAUAGAAUAGCAUUAAAUGCUAAAGUUGUAUCUAAUCCUGUUGAAAAUAGUACAAAAAUGCUUGCUAUUUCAUAUGGUGCACAAGUUCGACUUUGGGGAAUCACAGAUGAUGGAGUUAAGUCAGAUAUAGGUACUUUUCAUUUCACUACAUCCGUGGAUCAUUUGUUUUUCAUUGGUAAUCAGCUUGUAGCUUUAAGUCAUACUGGAAAAGUGGGUGUUUGGCAUGCUAUGACUCAACAUUGGCAAAUUCAAGAUGUCAUUCCUAUCACAAGCUUUGAUACAGCUGGGUCAUUCUUGCUCUUAGGAUGUAAUAAUGGAUCAAUAUAUUAUAUAGACAUGCAAAAGUUUCCUCUUCGAAUGAAAGAUAAUGAUUUGCUUGUUACGGAGUUAUAUCAUGAUCCAUCAAAUGAUAUCAUCACUGCAAUUAGUGUAUACCUAACUCCAAAAACUAGUCUUUGUGGAAAUUGGAUUGAAAUAGCAUAUGGAACCAGCUCUGGAACUGUGCGUGUUAUUGUACAGCAUCCUGAAACAGUCGGACAUGGGCCUCAGUUAUUUCAAACUUUUACUGUACAUAGAAGCCCAGUUACAAAAGUUGUUUUGUCAGAAAAAUUCCUUAUAUCAGUUUGUUCAGAAUAUAAUCAUGCGAGAACAUGGAGCGUUACCAGAUUUCGUGGUAUGAUUUCAACUCAACCAGGCUCAACUCCUUUAGCAUCUUUUAAAGUGAUCUCUUUGGAAGAUAUGGAACCCAAUACGAGUUAUCUUGCUGGAAAUGAUAGUGGUCCUUAUGGUGAACAAGAUGAUGAGCAAGUUUUCAUUCAAAAAGUAGUUCCAGAAACUGAUCAACUCUAUGUGCGUUACGCUUCAACUGGAAAAAGAAUUUGCAUAAUUAGAUCUAUUGACGGUACUACAAUAACUGCUUUCUGUGUCCACGAAUGUGAAGGCUCAAAUAGGAUGGGAUCAAGACCUAGACGAUAUAUUUUCACUGGACAUAGCACUGGUGCAAUUCAGAUGUGGGAUCUCACCACAGCUCUAGACCUUGCUGCGAAAGGAGAAUCAACUGCAAAUUUAGCUGGUGGACCAUCUCCCCAUGAAAUGAUUCGCUUGUUAGACCAGUGUGAUCUUACUAACUCUCACUGUUCCACUCCUUGCAUAAGCCCAUCAGUAGCAAAUAUUGGACCAAGUGUGCGACUAAAAGCUGCCAAUCUUGCAUUUUUGUGCCAUGAAGCAAAGUUGUUCUCGGAAAAUGAAACUGUAACAGAAGCAGACAACACUAAAAUAACUCAUUGUUGAUUAGAACUUUGUUUAGGUUUUAAAAAAAUAUGGACAUGUAAUGGAACUGUAGGUCAUUUUAUGUAAUGAUACUGGUGAUACAAGACAACUGUGAAGGAUAUUGUGAUUUUUCCGACAUAUCUUGACUUUUAUAUGCAUGUUAUUGUGAGGACGUUGAGCAUAUCAAUGAUGCCUCAAAAGUUGUAGGUGAUCAAAAUGAACUCUCAUUUACUGUUAAAACUAAAUAAUAGGGAAAAUGUACUUUGACACACAAUACUUUUGAGGUGAGUGAUACAAAUGGCAGCAUCUUUAGUAUCAAAAUAUAAACUCAGAUUGCUCUCCCCACCCUUAAAAAUAUAUUGUAUUUUUAUUUAUUUUUUAUUUAAUAAGUCAUAUUAUUAUUUUUUUAAUAAAGCUUAUCAUUAUUACUACUUUUACUGCUUUUCAAAGAAAAGUUUUGUAUGCCCAAAACUAAUAUGUGCCAAAAACAAAUUGUUAAAGAAAGUUGACAUUUUCAAAUAAAUAUUUUGUGUUUAAACCCUUUAUAUAACUCCAAAAGUAUAAAAAUCUAAUUAUUGUAAAACCUGCAUAAGUUAACCAUUUGCAGUGCAGUACCUAUUUGGUAAACUUGUAGAGGUUGGUAUAUAUGAUAGAGGUCUAAUUCUGUACCUGACAAAAGCAGUCAACUUAAACAAGUGGUCAACUUUACUAUUUUUACUGUAUUUGUCAAGGUUCUUGAAGGGGAAAAAAAUAAUUUUGUUCCAAAAGUAAAAUUAUCCUUUGGGUCAUGAUUGCAGUUAUGUAUCAGAAGUGAAUGUAAUAGAUAUUAUUUUGCUGCUAUGUUUGUAAAACUAACCUUUUGAUAAUUCAUGCAAGGUAUUUUGAUCAUGAAGUGUUUUUGAAGCAACAUGUACAAGGUCUCCCAUCAAGAUCAUAUAAAAUGUGCAGCCAGGAAUACAUUUGAAUGACUCGUAGCACUUAGAAAAUACCGGGAUAACUGUUUCUGUACCACAAAUAUUUCUCACUAAAAAUGUGCAUGCAAAGUUAUGAGGCUAUGCCUGGUACCCAGGGCAAGAUGACAAGUGGGGACAAGAUGAAGAAUGUCAUUAAAAUUUUUUUAGGCAAAAGAUUAUUGCUUUACUUAUGAGUUGGUAAGAAAACAAGUGUGUUAGACCCUACUGAACAAAGUAGACAGGUUCAUCUAUUGUUGAUCAAAUGUUUAUUAUUUGAGGAUUGUGCAAAGUUAUUUUUUGUUCAUUGUAUAUAAGGUUUCAUCAGUUCUAAGUAAGUCAUAUUUAUUUCCAUUCACUGUUUUAAUUAAUAUUUAUUAUAGCUUAGACAUACAAUUUGCAGCAUAGCUGACUGAAUUUCAAUCUAAUUAAGUAAAAUGACAGUUCAUAAAUCUCUGCCACAUGAGGCAAGAUGACUAACUUGUCAUCGCUUUCAGAGAAAAUCAUGUUACCAUAUUAGGGUUACCAGCAUCCAUCACUUAUCUAUAGCAACUAGUGUAUGUUACAUUUUUAGUACCACUGAAAACUUUUUUUCUGGUCAAGCCUUCAAUAUUUUUUUGCGUAUGUCUAAAUGAUUCUGUUAUGGAAAAAUAUUUCUUAUUUCCUUUGUAUUUUUUUUAUUAUGUAUUAACAAAAAUUGUAAUUGUGCAUGCUAGAUGCCCCAUCGCUAUAAACCUACAGGGUGAUUCAAUAAUAAUAGUAGGUUUUCUUGACUACCAAUUUAAGAACGUUGAACCUACAGCUCUCUGGUGUGGCUUAAAUGAAAGAGCAAAUUGUAAAGUUCCUAUUGGCUACCACUAGAUGUCUCUGUGUGUUAUAUGUGUCCCAAGCAUUAUUUUUUAUUCAGUUUGUCAAAAUAGAAAUCAGGGUAGAGGAAUUAGCACUUAACACCAUGUGAUUUUUUCCUAUCUGGAUAUGUAAAAGAUACUAUGGUUAUAUCCCUCACCUGCUACUCCUGAUGAACUAAAGAAUUGAAUCACUGCAGCAAUUGGGUGUGUGCUUCUGUGAUUGGGUACAUGCUACAAGGUGUAUAUAGGUACGAUAUUGUUCAGGCAUGAGGAAGAAAGAACAUGAAUAUCCAUAGAACAUGGAACCAUAGAACAUCCUUAGAAUGAUUUAAGAUGCUUAAAAAAAAUUCAAUUUUUGCAUCAUUUUUACUCUUAAUAAUAUACAAACAUAAAACCUUACCAUUCUUUUUGAAUCAGUCUUGUUUUCUUUUUAUUUUAAACAAAAUUGUCAUCUUGCCCAAUGUUAAAAGGCAUCUUGCACCCUUUUUGUGGGCAAGAGGAUAAAUAAUAUCAUUUUCCAAAAAUGACUUAAUUUUUCUUGAAGUUUUACAAUCAUUUUUAUGUUAAUCACUUAGCUUUAUAAAUUGUCUCACCUCAAGAAUUAAAGAUGACAAAGUAUCAGUUUACAAGUUUUCACAUCAGUGAAAAGUAAAACUAUGAAUAUUGUCAUCUUCCUUUUGCUCCCCUACUGGUUAGAAAUCUAUUGAAUAACAUUUUUUGCAUAUGCUCAUGUGAGAAGAUGUUCCUAAUGUCUACUGCACACAUAUCAACACGUGCAACUGAGCCAUGUAAUAGCAAACUUCAUGUGUGUUUUUCAUGCAUCAGAUAUAGUGUUAACUUUUUUUUUCAAAAAUACAGUUUUUAUGUUCUCCAAGCAGAGAAUCAAUCUUUGAAGUUUUUGUGGUCCUACUCGGACAACUUGUUUCAUGUGACAAAACACUGCAUUUUCAAUUUAAAAGUAUCAAAAUGUUCAAAAAGUUGCGCUCCAUGUAAUAAUGAUUGUUAUAGCUAAAACAUUUGUUAUAUGAUUUUUUUACACAUAAUUAUGGUCAAAACUAGACCUAAUUACACAGGAUAAAAUAAAAAGUGUACUAUCCAAAACUUCUCUUAAUCAAUGGAUUUUUUAGUCAUCGGAGCGAUGCUAGGCUCUCCGUUUCAAGACUUUAAAUGCAUUCCUCACAGUAGCAAUUUUAAGGAUUUGGCCCAAUAACUAGCUAUUCUUCAUCUCUCUCAUCAGUUUCAUCCUACAUUUGUUUUCCUAUUACAUUCUGAAAACCUUCUGAUUCUUUUAAUGUGGAAGCUACAGGGAUAUUUUGAUUUUUCUGAUUAUUUUAAUAUGAAGGCUAUAGGGAUAUUUUGAUCCAUCUAUGAAGCAAAAUCUUAGGAAAUUCCUCUGAUAUAAUAUUUUAUCUUUUUAGUUUCUUUGUCAACCAUUCUAUAAAAACCCUGAGAAUAGAAGGCAGUUUCUAAUUGUUUGAAACACUAUGAUUAGAAAAUU